CGCCGUGGUAAGUCUCCUGACCGGCGGUUGAUUCUGUCUGAUGGCCUCUUACGUAUGUCUAGGCUGGAUCUCUUCGACUCGGCCAGAUUCUUUGCGACAUCGGUCCCAAUGAAGACGGCCAGUGUGCCCUUUAUAAGAUACGCCGCUGCGGCAGUAGCCUGCAAGCAUCUGGCGCGACUCAAGGGAGUCAAGCCGCUGGUCAACCCAUUAUUUACCAGCCCAGCAACCACCGAAGUGUACCCAAAUGUCUCGCGCGUUGAUUGGCUGUUCAAAGCAAGCAACUACUAUUAUCAAUCCUUGUCUUUGCUACGACAGGCGGUUGCACGGAACCUGGACGGCUCGCACAACAUGGAUGCCGUUGGGUCUCCGAUCCAGAUCAUGUGCCAGGAUCUGGGUCUCGACACUGGCAGCUUAGACGACAUGCGCUCGCCGGAAGUGGCACCGCCUGCCUCGGUGUCCGGGAACGUGGACGACAUAUUGACCGCUUCGGUGAUCCUGACUAUUUACGAUCUACUAGAUACCCCAGGUCCAGAGUGGGAAGCGUGA